AAUGUUUUGCGGAGGGUACAUCACGAUCAGUGCGCAUUCCAUUGACCAUUUUACUUUGUUCACUAGUACACCGGUCUUCCCAACACGUUUCUUUAAACCAAAUCCAAAUAUUUAAUUUUAUUCACGCCAUUUGUUUACUGAUAUUAUUGUUUUCAUUUUCUCGACCUGCAUUUACUAAAACGCAACACCAUGACGUCAAUAAUUGUUGUACUGAUAAUAACCAUCACUAUUACCAGUGGCGGGGCCAAGGAAAAUACUUUGCCAAGAGUUGCUCCACCAAUCUAUGAUAGUUGCCCGUCACUUGAAUCUGCGGAAUAUCAAGUAACCAUGAUAGAUUCGGUCAAAUCUUUGGUUAGUGGUUGUGCCUACAUCAGCUACAAUUAUUCUCUGAACUCAGUCUCACAACAAUCAUUAAGACUGUGGUUUGGUACUGUAGAGUAUAACAGCCAAAGUUGCCAUUAUCAGGGAAUGGAAUAUUUUAAUUUUUACUGCAUGGGAAAAUUACCUUCGCCAACAGAAGACACCAAAGAGGGACGUAUGAGGUAUAUACGGUUAUAUGAUGCAGAUGCUAACAAGGCGGGAAACUCAGAUCACAGAUGUGCUUUGUACAAGACAGGCAUCGAAAACGCCACUACAUUUCGGAUGGCGGUUAGCGAGAACACUUCGUGUGAUGGCCUGUUAAACAUACUUUCCCGCCCAAAGAUGAAGAUUCCCGAGUAUAACAAGGGAUCCAUGUUGUUAUUGUUUAACAAGACCAGACUCAACACGUUGGUAACAUCACCUCUGCCUGAUACGACAAUCACUGAGUCAAUGGAGUCAAUAGCCAUCUCUGUUGAAGGAGACUUCCUUCAACAUUUUGGAAAUCGACUCAACCAAUUUGGUGGCUCUUCCGCCUUGAGUACAGCGGUUCAGAAUAAAACUAAAAGGGAACAACGACAUGCCUUACCUUACGCAUUUGCUGGAGUUGGCGGACGUGGUUCAGUAAUGUUCCUCUAUAAUUCGCAGUCGGCUAUGAAUGAAAAUGAAGAUACCGCAAAUACAACCACAACAACGAUGGAUAAAAAUAGGUUACGUGAAUCAUUGGAAAUCGAACAUAUUCAAAAAAGGCGAAGGCGCUCAGUAUCAAACGUUAAGUCAACAUCCAAAAUCGAUGUUCCAGUGCUGGCAGGCAUUAAUCCUUUUUCUUUAAUUCUUGUUAAUCGUGGGCACAAUAAUAAAACGGGUUCUAUAAAGCCACUUGGAUUAUGGGACCAAAUUACGAAGUUAUUUAAAGAUUGA